UUAAAAAAUUAAACUGUUUAUUUUCCUUAUUUGUUCUUCGAUGCUAAUGCAGUCUGAUUUUCUGUAAAUUAAGCUGAUAACACAAUAUAAAAGCUCGAAGACGUCGCCAUUACUGCACAGUCCUGAGUUAUUUAUUAUUUAGGUAAGGAUCUUAUGUGAACGAGGUUCUUAGUGAUCGAAGAAAUGAUUGCUCUAAUCUUUCUUGGGGCUUGUGUUGGAUUCAGCAUCGCUGGAGAAGGUGGUUCUGUUUACCUUAUCAAUCUGAGUGGUUCAGAUUGGAAACUAACUCAUCGUGAAUCCCAUGUAAUGAACGACUGGAAAUUUCCCGAUUUUCUUAAAAAUGGGGACACAGCACGUGUUUACGUAGAGUUCAGGCACAACUCCAAAUCAGUUAACGCUAGAGUUGAUUACGAACUUGUUGGAACAAGAGGAAAGAGCUUUCAAAUAUUAGCGCAUGGAAAACCUCGCCGAUUGGAAGCUGUCUAUAACAAUUUGGAAAUUGAUGGCCAACCGAAGGGAAUGAGACGCAGUUUAGGGUGGAGGCAUAACGGAGAUACUAAUUUUAUUAUCAUCGGAAAUAAUGGAAAAUACACCGGCACCAGUUUGGACGGUUCUAACUGGAUGAAGAACAAUAUAGACCUCUUAGGGAAAAGAACUCUUAAGCAAAUAUCCAUUCCUGGCGCUCAUGAUGCGGGUAUGAGCAGACUGAAUGGGCACACUGCUUUUGGUAGACCUUGCAAUGUGCUUACUCAAAGUCAUUCUUUUGGGGAGCAGUUAAAUCUUGGUAUCAGAUACUUUGAUAUAAGACCAGUUAUUGGUAACGGUGGUGAUUAUCUCACCGGACACUACACUCAUAUUAAAGGUAGCUGGCAGGGUGGCAACGGUCAGUCUAUCUCCUCCAUUAUAACCGACCUCAACGCUUUUACCAAGAACCACAAUGAACUAAUAAUAAUUAAAUUAUCGCAUUCUCUUAACACUGAUGUCGGAUCAAAUAGCUACAGAAAGUUUAAACAAGAAGAGUGGGAGAAAUUGUUCCAAAAACUGGACACAAUAAAUUUUCUUUAUAAAAAUAGCAACAAUGAUGUACAUCUUGAUCAGAUUACACUAGACGAUUACACGAAUCAUGGGUCAAGAGCUUCCGUUGUUAUAAUUGUUGAUGAUCCUGAUUCCAAAGUACAAUUAGGCAGUAGGAUGGGUAAGGGUUACUUUAUGCCUAACAACUUGGUGAUUUAUGAUGAUUAUUCUGGCAGUAAUAAGUGGUCGAAAAUGAUUGGUGAUCAAAUCAAAAAGAUGCACGAGCAUUCUAACAAAGAGUAUUUCUUACUUUCAUGGACCCUGACUCAAAGUGGAUUUCAAGCCUUCAUAUGCAAGCCUUCUGUAAAGGAUCUCGCAGACCAGGCUAAUAUUCAUUUAGGUUUCUUCUUGUAUAAAGAAGUUUCUUCUGGCUCAUACCCGAAUAUCAUUCUUGUUGACAACGUGAAGGACACUGACGUUGCAUCAAUGGCACUGGCUAUAAGUACUAAAGUAAUGUGACAAUUUAGUUAUAAUUAAAUACCUAAAUAUCAUGAUGCUGUUAUGGAAAUUUAAUACAUGAACUAACUUUAAUUUUAGUUACAAUGACCAUAAUACAUGCUAUAAUUUUAAAAUGAAAAACCUUUUUUAUUUUUAUAACAAACCAAUGCCUGUUUCAUACAAAGAUCGUGGUAUAUAUUAUUUUAAUUUAUUAUUUUUGAAUGGUUAAAAGUGAAUAUAAACUGGAAGAGACGGUUAAAAUUUUCACCACAAGGAGCUGCUUGGUCUUCAUCGAUAUCCAAAUCCAAGCCCACAAGAGCUGAGCAAUAACCUAAAUAUCCUCAGUUCAUAAGGGAUUUGAUUUGACUGACAGACAACCAUCAAACAGAAAGAUAUUUAACCGACUCGACCGAAAUAAUCAACUUAAAUGAGAA